AUGCCUCUGAACGGGCCCUAUAUCGUCUGGAAGGCCCAGCCAGUCGGAUGGGAUACGAGAGAAGCCCGAGGCGGUGACCUCCGGAGCCCCCAUGGUCAACUCAGCUUCGAAGAUGAUAAUGGCAGUCACACGACUAACAUCAACGUUCGGUCCACAGACCCCGUUGACCAUCGCCUUGUCUUCUGGACCGGCGACCUGACAACCGAGACCCCUUUCGGGGCCCGAAUUAUUCGGGGCCUUGAAAGUCUCAACGGCCGGAGGCACUACCAGAUGCCCCCACCCCUUGACUUCCUCCACGAUGGCUUCCUGAGUAUUCACCGCGGUAUCAUCCGUGAUACCAACGCGCCUGGACCCAACAACGACAUCACCGACGACCUGGAUACCUUCUUCAACGCCAACCUCGAGGGCUCGACUGUGUUCAUCUGGGGAGAGUACUAUGCCAAUAACGGCGAAGGGGUUCACCAGGUGCACAUGAACCAGGGGAACUACUCCAGGAACCCUGGGUGGUACCGUGAGAACCGCCGUGGCCAGGACGGGGGCAUCGUCAUGCAGUCGCCCGACGGCAAAUGGAAAUACUUUUUCAUAGCCUUUGCCGGGCAGGCGUCCGAAACAGACGAGGACGGGCGCCCGACAUUCGGCGAGGCGACGCCGAUGCUGCGCGACGUCUUAGGCGCUCCGCCACCCAUCACGCCCAUUCCACCGGUGGUUCCUGGACCGCCGAGCGGCGUGCAGAUCCAUUCGGCCCUCGUCAACCCCCUCGGUCGGGACAACACGCCCGGUCACAACGACAGAGUGAGGCUUGUCAACCGCGCAAGCGACCCUGCCUCGCUCCUCGGGUGGACCAUCCAAAACCAGGACGACAGGGUGAAGCAUCUGCCCGACGUGCUGCUCCUUGGAAACGGCGCCAUAAGGGACUUUGAUGUUGGGCCCGAGAGCUACCUUACUAACAACCGAGACGGCUGGAUCGUCCUCAAGGACGCAGGUGGCGCCGAGAUCCACCGUGUAUCAUACCAGGCGAAUGCCCCUUCUGGGCAGUGGAUUACCUUUCGCGCCCGCCCGGGCCUAUAA